AUGUCUGAGACUGCUCCUGCUGCAGCGCCCGCCGCCGCCCCGGCCCCCGCCGCCAAGAAGCCGAAGAAGGCGGCGGGCGGUUCUAAAGCCCGCAAGCCCGCCGGCCCCAGCGUCACCGAGCUGAUCACCAAGGCUGUGUCCGCCUCCAAGGAGCGCAAGGGGCUUUCUCUCGCCGCGCUGAAGAAGGCGCUGGCCGCCGGCGGCUAUGAUGUGGAGAAGAACAACAGUCGCAUCAAGCUGGGACUCAAAAGUUUGGUCACCAAGGGUACUCUGGUGCAGACCAAGGGUAUUGGUGCGUCCGGUUCUUUCCGCCUCAGCAAGAAGCCUGGAGAAGUGAAGGAAAAAGCCCCCAAAAAGCGGACACCUGCAGCCAAGCCGAAGAAGCCGGCAGCCAAGAAGCCCGCCAGCGCUGCCAAGAAGCCCAAGAAAGCAGUGACAGUGAAGAAGACCCCUAAGAAAGCCAAGAAGCCGGCGGCUGCUGCCGUCAAGAAAGCGGCCAAGAGUCCUAAGAAGGUAACUAAGGCUGCCAAGCCCAAAAAGGCGGCAGCAGCAGCAGCGAAGAGCCCGGCCAAGGCGAAGGCGGUGAAGCCCAAAGCAGCCAAGCCGAAGGCGGCCAAGCCCAAAGCGGCCAAGGCGAAGAAGGCGGCGCCCAAGAAGAAGUAAGCCUGU